GUUGUUGAGGGCACGACGGGAUGAGCAGGCAGCGUUCAAGACAUCAUAGUUGGUCCGGAGAACAGGGCAUUUUUCUCCGGGCGGACAUCGCCGAGCCGCUCCUACCUUCACGUCACGCCACUUCCGGCUGUGUCAAAUUACGUCACUACUCCUGCACCUCCAAUGGGGACACGCUGUCGAGGGGGCUAGUUGACAUGCUAAUCACGAUCGAAGCUUCAGGCCUGUCUGUGACUCAAAGAAGACGUCAAUCACGAUCCCUUUUUGCGAGCCACAUUUGUAUGGAAAUACAGCAAAUGGUUGAGCACAAGGACCCAGAGGGAAGCUCACAAACGUAGUGCCGUACCUCACCAAGAUGGCGGACCAAAACAAGGACGAUGCCGGGCCAAAGUUUUACACCGAAGUAUUGAGCCCGUCUGAGCUGUUUUCAGCCCGGACCCGGAGUCACAAGAUCCCAGUCCGCGGUCAAAAAGACUUCUAUCCGGACGACUCUGAGGAGCAGCGUAAGCGUCUGGAGCAGAGCCUGAAUGAACACUGGGGCCUGGUGUCGGAGGAACGAGUGGAGAGGCUAGGUAACCUGGUGAAAGCCGUGUGGAUUCCUAGUGAGCAGCUUGUGGAGCUUCAGUCUCCAGCGGGCAAGUUCUGGCAGACAAUGGGAUUCUCCGCCAGUGGCAAGCAGUACCUCCUCCCAGAAGAGGCGCUCUACUUGAUGGAGUGUGGCAGCAUACAGGUGUUCUACCAGGACCUCCCGCUCUCCAUCCAGGACGGAUUUGAAUGGUUUCUGUCCUCUAGUACCGUGAGCCUGCAGCAGUAUCAGGUGUUCGGGCAUCUGAAGAGGCUCGGCUAUGUGGUGCACAGGUUCGAUGCCAGCUCAGAGCCGUCGCCCUACGCCAGGCAGCUCAACUUGUCGCAGUCACGAGGCGGGAGGACGCUGAAGAGGAAGCGCAGCGACAGCCCUGUCGCAACAUGCAGCCGCAGCGACGCACAAGAAGUGUCCGCUGUGAAGAGAAAGGAAGCAGAAGAAGCUCUAACGCUACCCGAGUCGCAGCUAACGUCGUCACCGGUCACCUCGGGGGCCGAAAGCGUCCCGGCAGAUCCGAGCGGAGGUCGAUCCUGGUGGAUAACGGACCCUCUCGCGAGCCACGAGGCCGAUAAACAUGGCUGCCGCAGCUCCUCACGGUGGGAUGGCUCCAUUGUGUUCCCCAAUGUGGCCUCCGUGCGCGGUCACUCCAGCUGCUUGGCCUCUCCAGACCCGUCUCUUCUGCCCGGAGGUCUGACUGUGGGUGAGUGUGACAUCGGCCUGUGGACGAGGAGGAUCAACCAGCGCGAGGUGAAGAUGUCUCCAAAGGAGAGAGAGAGGGAGCGAAAGAAUCGGAGAAGGAGCUGCGAUGUCAACAGAGACAAAAAGGUGCGACAGUGCAAAAACUGGCCCGAGUAUCAUCGGCUUCUGGCAAGUCGGCGAGGGCGAUGCAGCGGACGACCAGAACACUUGUGGAAGAGGGAAAUCACUCCUUUGCACGACCACACCCAACCCAUCUCCACAGGUGAGCUGCUAAAGAAAAUCAGCGUGAUCGAGUCCACACAUUUACUUGAGGGAGCGUCCAGGUUGAAUGCGUCAAAUGUGUGGAGGAUUUGUUUCAGUGUUUACCAACCCGACACGGUGGCCAACUUCAAGAAGAGCAACCCGGGGAAGCCCUUUGCCCGCAUGUGUGUGUGCAGCUUCAGCGGGCCCGUUCCAGACCUGGCGGCAAUCAAGCAGCUGAGCUUCCAGAGUGGCGACGUCCAAGUGGUCUUUGCCGUGGUGGACGCCGGCGACAUCUCCUUUUACACCUUCAAAGACUUCCAGUUGCCCACUGACGUGUACCCAUAAAACCACCCCAUGGCCCCUCAGAAUCCAUUUACAUUUUUAAUGGCGGGCUCCUUGAGACUUUUUGUUGUUGUUUUUUUUUCCCUCUCAAUUAUUGUGAUUUUAUGUUGCUAUGUUGCUAAGAAACUGGCCUUGUUUUGUUGGGGAUGUCGGGUGGCGGGGGUCUGUUACGCUCUAAAGUGUCUUGGGUGUCCUCGUCAGAAUCAGUCAGUCAUCAUGAAAAUGUUGCUAAAUAAAAGAAUACUUGGUUUGAUUGGUCAAAUGAGUCAUUUUGGUUCAUUACGCUGAUGUUUGCAGUGACAUCACGACCAGCAUUUUGUCUUCAAUGUCGUGUGAAACAGUUGACUAGCUGCAGGAAAUGAAUCAUUUCACGUAUGUUUUGGAGUUUUCAUCAGAUGUGUGUGAUGGAUGUCUAACAGCUUCACAUGUCCACUCUCUCAUAGCGAAACAGAAAUUGAUACAAAAACUUGAAAUUCUAAAAUCAAAAUUUUGGAGGUGACACGGGGAAGUCUCUAAGGCGUAUUAUGGUGAUAUUGACUCACCCGCUUGACGCUAAAGUUUGAAUUUUGAUACAGAUCGAGAUCAAAUAUGUCGUGGUGGAAGCAAUUGUCUGAUUGUAUACUUCGUACGAGUCGCUGGAGUCGUCUGAAUUUGAAGCUGCAUCAAAUCUGUCGGGCUUUGUCGAGAAAAAAAAAUGCUGCAGUAAAAUAAUUGAAGUCUUAUUUUUGUACUUUGCUGUAUUUUAUUUUAUAAAUAAUCAAUUGUGGAGAGGG